AUCUCUCUUAAUUUCUUUUCUUUUUUUGAAAUUUAAUGUCAUCUCUCUUUUAUAUAUUAAUAAUAUUCAUCCUGUUUAAUUCUUUCAUAUAUAGUUUCCAUUCUUUUUUCUGAGAGGAAGAGAGAUUCCUGAGACAGCCUCACCAUGAGUCUCUUCGGCCUCGGUAGCAGAAACCAGAAGACGUUCCGGCCUAAGAAGAACGCUCCAUCUGGAAGCAAGGGUGCUCAACUUCAAAAGCACAUCGAUGCUACCUUGGGGAGUGGGAACCUAAGAGAAGCUGUGCGACUUCCUCCUGGAGAAGAUAUCAAUGAGUGGAUGGCCGUUAACACUGUGGACUUUUUCAAUCAAGUGAACAUUCUUUAUGGAACUCUUACCGAGUUCUGCACUGCAACAAGCUGCCCAACAAUGAGUGCAGGACCAAAAUACGAGUACAGAUGGGCUGAUGGAGUUACCAUCAAGAAGCCAAUCGAGGUGUCUGCUCCUAAAUAUGUUGAAUAUCUGAUGGAUUGGAUUGAAGCUCAGCUAGAUCAAGAGACCAUCUUCCCUCAAAAAUUGGGAGUACCUUUUCCAUCGAAUUUCAGAGAUGUAGUUAAGACAAUAUUUAAGCGGUUGUUCAGAGUAUAUGCUCAUAUCUACCAUGAGCAUUUUCAGAAGAUUGUGAGUUUGAAGGAAGAAGCUCAUUUAAAUACUUGCUUUAAGCAUUUUGUUUUCUUCACAUGGGUAAGUGUAAUUUUCAGCUUUCUGCCAUUUUCUUACUCUGUGUUCACUCAAAGAUUUACCAUCUUCAACCAGAUAACUCUUCUGUUUUAUUACCAUCAUUAUCUUCCUGAGGACUGAGGUUAAGAACUUCAAUUUCUUACUAUAAAUACUACAACGAAUCUCCUUCAACAUUAAAAACACAUCUUGUACAAUGACUUAGUUUUGUUAUUGUGAAAGAAGCCUAGCAACAUGCAUUAAAAAAAUAUAAGAUGAUUCUUCAGCUUCUUUAAUUUUAUUUAAUCAAAU